AUGAGUGAAGAUAUUCAAACAAGUAACGAAGGUCAGGUACCAGUCGAUGUUCGUCAAGCAUUAUUACGUGAUGGAACUGAUGUUCAAACAAAAGUUGGUCAUGUUGCUAAAUUUAAUCAUGAUGGAGAGAGUAGUAAACUUGAUGAAAAUAUUGUAGUGGAGGAUUUCGACAACUAUAAAAAACCAAAAGAUAAUAAUGAAUUUGUUGCAUUAACUAAAGAGGAAUUACAAGCAUAUAUAAACAAUCCAAAAUGGAAACGUAUUCGUUACUUAAUUGCUAUUUUAUAUAUUUUAUUACUUGUAUUACUUCUUAUUGGAUCUAUUCUUUUGGUGGUAUUUUCUCCCCGUUGUCCACCAAAACCAAAACUUGCUUGGUAUCAAAAAGAAAUUAUUUAUGAAAUUGAUGUUACGACGUUUCGUGAUUCUAAUCAAGAUGGAAUUGGAGAUAUUAAAGGUGUUCAAGAAAAAUUAAGUUAUUUGGAAAAAAAUAAUAUAAAAUCGCUUCUUCUUCAAUCAUCAAUAUUCAAUGUAACAACUGGAACAUCAAUUCAAUCAAGUGGACGAAACGUUCGUACUAAAAAUGUUAAUUUAUAUAGCAUUGAUCCGUCAGUUGGAAGUGAUAAUGAUUUAAAAGAGUUAUCAAGAACUCUUUAUCGAAAAGAUAUGCGUUUAAUUAUUGAUUUACCAUUAUCAUCAACAUUCGAUCCCAAUGGUUAUUUAUGGUAUGGUUCUGAUUCACCACUUCCUUCUAAAAUAAAUGUAGUUACAUGUACUAAAAAUUUUCCAACUCUUGAUUGUCGUUAUUAUAAAUUAUAUGGUCGAUUACCACUUGAUUUUACUGAUGAAAAUAUUGAAAAGAAAUCAGAAACUUGUCUUCGUCAUUGGUUAUCAGUAAACAAAGUCGACGGUGUUCGAGUUGAUCUUCCACUUCGUUUCAAUAGUACUACAAGUUUAUAUGAAAUAUCUUAUGAAACAAUUAAUCUAUGGACUAACGUUAAAAAUGAAAUCGAAAAGAAUACAAAACCGAAGUUACUUUUAUUUGAUAUUCCAUUUGGUUUACAAGAUAUAAUUAAAAAUGAUGAUUUACAUAAUAAAACAGCACAUGCAUUAUUUUUAUUUGAUAAUCAACGAAGAUCUCCAAUUAAUGCUCCAUCAUUAGAUCAAAGAAUACAAUCAUUUGAAACAAUUCCUGUAUCAAAACCACAAUUUUGGCAGUUGGGAUCGAAACGAAAAAGUGAUGAUAUUGGUCUUAUUCAUGAUAAUCAAUUACCAAGAGAAAUCGUUUUGACUAUGAUCAUGUUACUUGGUGGAACACCAAUUAUACUUUAUGGAGAAGAAAUUGGUCUUGAUCAAAAAUCUUUUCCUUUAAUGCCAUGGACAUCUGAUGGAGCAUACGGUGGAUUUUCUGCAUGUCCACCACAAAAUUGUAGCAAGGUUUUAUCAUCCUAUCAAGUGGGUCUUCCACCAACAAGUGUUAAACGUCAAGAAGCAUUAGGUGGUGAAUCAAAAGAUUCAUUAUUAAAUGUUUUCCGUCGCUUAUCAAAUUUACGUCAAUAUGAAUCAUUUCAAUUUGGUUUAUUAGAAUCAAGUUAUGAUGCAGCAACAAAUCUAUUUUGGCUUAUUAGAGAAGCACCUGGUCAUAAAGGAUAUGUCACGGUUUUCAAUUUAAAUCGAAACCCCAAUGAAAUAGCGCAUGUAUCAUUAUAUGAAUUAACAAAACAUGAUGUACCAUUACAUAUUCAUUAUGAAUAUCAAUGGCCAAAAGCUCAUUUAUCAACAUCUAAUAAAAUUCAUAUUGAUUCGGAUAAUUUAUUUAUUCAUCCUCAAUCAAUUAAUAUAUUUUGGUGGAUACCAAAACUUCUUAAACCCAAUAUUUUAUUCAAAACGGCAAAAGAACAUUCACAUAAUCAAUAA